UUAGAGCAUUUUCUCUCUCUAAGUCGAGCCCCAUCUUCUUCGUCCGACCAGGUACGCACUUGUUUUGUUUUUCGCUAAGUUUUUCUUCUCUUGCUUUUAAUAAAAUCGGCCGACCCCCUUCUGUUGAUAAAUAAUGGGGAGCUCGUCCGAGUCAGUGACACCCCCUCCCUCACCUCCUUAUAAUUUAGCCGAGGAAGUGAGGGGUAUGGGAAUGGUUUUGGUGUCAACUUUAAUAAGUUGCCCGGAUCCCUCGGCGUGCCUGAGGCGCUUUCCCUCCCAGUACUCCUUCGCAAGCCGAGGAGGAGGAGGCCGAGGGUACCAUCCCCCUACCCUGGGAGGUGUCCCUGGCCUAUCCUUCUUCGAGGAGUUACUUAGACAAAUAUUUUCUGAUGGUGUAGUUAGGAUAGCUAUGCCGGGAGAGGAAGGCGAAGCUUCGACGUCCGGGAGGCUCGUAUAUCCGGAGCUUGAUCCGAAGGGCGGACCGGGAGCAAAGUUUCCACUUCCGUCUUUAAUAAAGGCUUUGCUACAAGAUGCCCGAGGCCAAGCGGCCAAAUUUCAAAUAAAGGACCCCUACAUCCUUGUCCGACCCGAUGCCAACCAUACCAUCCUAUCACCACCGCCGGGAUGCACGGCAUUUUAUUACAAGGCAAUGGAACUAGGUCUUAGAUUCCCGCUGACCCAGUUUGAGAAAGACCUCUUGAACGCCUACAACUUGUGCUUGGGUCAGCUUUCCCCAAACUCUUGGGGCGGCAUUUUAGCGGUUCAAGUGAUCUGUGACAUCAUCGGUGUCAGGCCGACCCUUACUUUAUGGCGGCAUAUGUACAAAUUGUUUGAAAUGCCAGCCGGGGAUCAUGGUCCGGGCUGGUGGUGCUUUCAGGCUCGGCGGGGCUAUCGCACAGUCCUUGAUCUCCCCACUUCUCAGAAGGGGUUCCGCCGAGGGUUCGCUUUCGUGUACUACGGUGGGGAAUGGGGCAUCCCCAUCGUGCCCCCGGCAGCCGAGCCAAACCACUGCCUGAAUUUCAAGGUGCCCGAGCUAUCCGACGAGGAAGCCGUGGCUGCUAUCUACUUUCAGCUGGAGGCUAAGAUAGUCGACGGCGGCGAGGUGUUUGUAGCGGGGAACUGGCUCCCGAGCUGCAAACUGUUCAAGAACGAGCAUUUCCUGGCGGCCUUCGGCUUGAGUCCGGCCUUUCCCAAGGGUAAUUCGGCAAAAAAGGGGGUCCGGUUGACUUAUGUUUAUGCUUGCUUUGUUAUUUUGUUCUAACUCUUUUUUCCUUUUUGCAGAAGCUUCCCUCGCCUUUCUCAAAGAGACCGACCCAGAGAUGGCAGAACGACUGACCUCUGCUGCACUGAAGGCGGCUCGGAUCAGGGCCGAGAUGAAGGCCAACAAGAUUAACAAGCCUUCGAAGCCAAAAGAUCCUUCCAACCCCAAACCGAGGAAGCGCAAGGAGCGCACCGAGGAGAGGGUUGAAAUGACGAAAAGGCUUUGGCGAAGGCCCGAGCCGAGCAGGAGGCUGCCGCCAAGAAGGCUAGAAAAGAUCCUGCAUCG